AUGGACGACAUAAUAAACCGACUCAAAAACAAAGACAAGGUUGUUCAGCAAAAGGCAGCCUUGGAACUUCGACUACUGGUCGAAGGACAACCUAAUUUAUUAAAUGAAGCUAAUAAACGAAUAUUUGAAAUGAUGCAAGGAGAUACACCUGACAAGAUUGGUGGUAUUAUUGCUAUUGAUUCGUUGAUUAAUAAUAAUAUUGAAACGACAACUCUUUCUCGUUUUACAAAUUACUUGAAAAUGGUUCUACCAAGUGGAGAUCAACAAAUAAUGAUUUUAGCAUCUAAAGCACUAGGCAAGCUAGCAGCUCCCAGCGGUGCUGUAACAGCUAUAUUUGUGGCGAGAGAAGUAAAUACAGCUUUAGAAUAUUUGUCGGGUGACCGACAUGAAUAUCGUCGUUAUGCUGCCGCGCUUGUAUUACGAGAAUUAGCGCAAAAUGCACCAACUUUAAUAUAUACUUAUGUAUCAGUAAUUUUGGAUAAUAUAUGGGUUGGAUUGCGGGACCAAAAACAAAUAAUUCGAGAUGCUUCUGCAGAGACUUUAAGUGCAUGUUUAAAAAUCGUUUAUGAACGUGAGAGUACAGCGAGAACUCAAUGGUAUACAAAAAUAUAUGAAGAAGCAUCAAAAAAUUUAAAGUCUAGUAAUGCCGAUCAAAUACACGGGGCAUUGUUAGCAUAUCGAGAACUAUUACAUCAUGCAAAGACGUUUAUGAGUGAAAGAUAUAAGAUUGUAUGCGAAACUGUGCUACGCUAUAAAGAUUAUCGUGACAAUCUUAUUCGGAAAACUGUGAUUGCUUUAAUACCAGUUCUUGCAGAAUUUAACAGCGAAGAAUUUGUCAGUACAUAUGUUCAUAAAUGCAUGUUACAUUUGUUAGGACAACUCAAAAAGGAUAGAGACAGAUCUAUAUCAUUUAUUGCUAUAGGAAAAGUAGCUAUUGCUGUAGGUAGUAACAUGGGGCCUUAUUUAGAUUCUAUAUUAAGUAGUAUUAAGGAAGGUCUUACACCUAAAGCACGCAGCCGUUCCGGUAAUGAAGCUCCCUUGUUUCAAUGUAUUGGAAUGUUAGCACGUGCUGUUGGUCAAGCGCUUACCAAGCAUAUGCAUGAACUAAUGGAUUUGAUGUUUGCAUGCGGACUAAGUGAACCAUUACAGCAAGCUUUAAUGGACUUGGCCAUAUAUAUUCCUCCCUUAUUACCGAAUAUACAAGAACGUCUUUUGAAUAUGUUGUCUAUGACCCUUAGCGGGCAGCCAUUUCGUGCCCCGGGCUCACCUGCAUCAGAGGGUCCGGACUUGAGACGUCAUCUUAAGACUGAUAUGUCAGAAAUGAAAGAUGUAGAGACAGUGACAUUGGCUCUUAAAACACUUGGUAGCUUCAAUUUUGAAGGCCAUAUAUUGAAUGUAUUUGUAAGAGAUUGUGUAGUUCGAUAUCUUGAGCAAGAUAACCCGGAAGUACGAGAAGCGGCUGCAUUAACUUGCUGUCAAUUAUUUGCCCGAGAUCCAAUACUAGAUCAAACUAGCAAUCACGCUAUCUUAGUAGUUAAUGAAGUAUUGGAAAAACUUCUAACAGUUGGUGUUGCGGAUCCCGACCCAAAUAUUAGAGAAACCGUGUUGAAAAAUCUUACAGAGAGAUUUGAUAAACACUUGGCGCAAGCUGAAAAUAUUCGAUCAUUGUUUCUUGCCUUAAAUGAUGAAGUCUUUACUAUUCGAGAGAUCACUAUUACAAUUAUAGGCCGUCUCGCUUCUCAUAAUCCGGCGUAUGUAAUGCCAUCAUUACGUAAAACGCUCAUCCAGCUUCUUACGGAAUUGGAAUAUUCUAGCAUGAGUCUUUUAGUAUCAGCUUCACAAAAGUUAAUAAAACCUUAUGUAGAGUCGAUAUUAAAAGCUCUUUUGCCAAAAUCUCGUGAUCCAAGCCCUGCAGUAGCAUCGAGUGUAUUAGCUGCACUUGGUGAAUUGGCUCGUGUUGGUGGUGAAGAUUUAACACCAUACUUGGAUAGCUUGAUGCCAUUGAUCAUUGAUGCACUUCAAGACCAAAGCUCAACAGUAAAACGUGAUGCUGCGCUUAAAACAUUGGGACAACUUACAAGCAAUACUGGUUUUGUAAUUGAGCCAUAUCAGAAAUACCCUCAAUUACUUUCUAUUUUGAUUAAUAUUUUAAAGACUGAGCAGUCGACUUCUAUUCGACGUGAAACGGUGAAAUUAAUAGGAAUUCUCGGUGCAUUAGAUCCUUAUCGUCAUAAGAUCACAAUUGGCUCAUCCGAAGAUUCUUUAUCGGAUCCAAAAGCUACAAAUACAGAUGUACUUUUAAUGAUGGGUUUAGGACCUUCUUCAGAGGAUUAUUAUCCAACUGUCGUUAUUAAUGCAUUAAUGAAAAUUCUUCGAGAUGCUUCAUUGAAUGCGCAUCACACCGCUGUUAUUGAGGCUGUCAUGUAUAUUUUUAAGACGUUAAGCCUGAAAUGCGUUCCUUUUUUACCACAGAUCACACCUGCAUUCUUAGGUGUAAUGCGUACGUGCCCUAGUGGUAUGCUCGAAUUUUAUUUCCAACAAUUGGGUAUACUAGUCUCUAUUGUUAAACAACACAUCAGGAAUUAUCUUUCUGAUAUUUUUACAUUGGUUGAGAGUUUUUGGAAUCCAAGUUCUACAAUUCAAAUUACAAUUAUUGAUCUUGUUGAACAAAUCGCUAUAUCUCUUGAUGGUGAAUUUAAGAAUCAUUUACCAGUAUUAUUGCCUAUAAUGUUACAAAUAUUUGAUCAGGACAGGAGCGAAAAACGUAACCCAACUCUUAAAGUGCUACAUGCUCUUGUAGUGUUUGGCACUAAUAUUGAGGAAUAUAUGCAUCUUGUUAUUCCUGUGGUUGUCAAGCUUUUUGAGAAAUCAGAUGUACCGCUUCAACUUCGCAAAUCAGCAGUUCAAACUAUUGGUCAAAUGUCUAAGAAGGUGAACUUUUCGGAUCAUGCAUCCAGAAUAAUCCACCCAUUAGCUCGUGUAUUGGCAAUGCCAUAUAUGGAUUUGAAGAUUGCUGCCAUGGACACACUUUGUGCUCUUGUCGUUCAACUUGGAUCGGAUUAUGCUAUAUUCAUUCCAAUGAUAAAUAAAGUUUUUCAAAAACAACGUAUUCAGCACCCUGAUUAUGAGAUGCUUGUUUCGAAACUCCUUAAAGGAGAACCAUUACCUGUAAGCGAAGAAAGGUCUAAUGAAUCAAGAACAGAAGAAACGCCUGCCGCAGAGACAAAUGCUAAAAAAUUACCAGUUAACCAACAGCAUUUGAAAAAUGCAUGGGAAUGCUCUCAAAGAUCUACGAAAGAUGAUUGGCAUGAAUGGAUACGCAGGUUAAGUGUAGAAUUGCUUAAAGAGUCCCCAUCACAUGCUCUUAGAGCAUGUGCUAGUUUGGCCGGUGUAUACCAUCAGCUCGCAAGAGAAUUAUUUAAUGCAGGAUUUAUAUCUUGCUGGUCUGAAUUAUAUUAUCAAUAUAAGGAUGAAUUAGUAAGUUCUUUAAUGUCUGCAUUGAGAGCACCAAAUAUUCCUGCGGAAAUUGUUUCGACCAUUUUAAAUUUAGCUGAAUUUAUGGAGCAUUAUGAUAAGCCAUUACCUAUUGAUAUAAGAACACUUGGUAAUCACGCUGAAAAUUGUCAUGCGUAUGCUAAGGCACUUCAUUACAAAGAAUUGGAAUUCAUAGGUGAAGCGUCCACAGAGACAAUUGAAAAGUUGAUUCAAAUUAACAAUCAGUUACAAUUACCAGAUGCCGCUAUAGGUAUACUUACACAUGCACAACAGAAUCCAAAUUUGCAAGAUUUACAAUUAAAAGAAAAUUGGUAUGAAAAGCUGAAUCGUUGGGAAGAUGCGUUGACAGCAUAUGAAAAACGUCGAACAGAUGAUCCAAAUGAUAAUGAAGCGACUCUCGGCGUGAUGCGUUGUUUACAUUCUUUGGGUGAUAUGGAUGGGCUUUCUGAACUUGUUCAAGAAAGAUGGCCUGAAGCGGAAACUGAAAUGCGCAAGUCAAUUGCUACCUAUGCAGCUGCUGGCGCAUGGUCCUUAGGCCAAUGGGGUUUAAUGGAGGAUUACAUUAAAAAUAUAAAAUCUGAUAAUUAUUACAGACCAUUCUAUCAAGCUAUUAUUGCUUUACAUAAGAAUCAAUAUUCCGAGGCUGUUCGUUAUAUCGAUGAAACUCGAGAUUUAUUAGAUACGGAAUUGACAGCUCUUGUUGGCGAGAGUUAUAAUAGAGCUUACAAGUAA